UUGACAGGGCGGCGAGGCCCUCUCCGUCCCAGCUUCCGCAGGUCCCGCGUGCUCUGCCAUGGCGGCCUCCCACGGGCCUCCCAGCCCCAUGCAGUCUCUCCGGGAGGAGGCCGUGUGCGCCAUCUGCCUGGAUUAUUUCCAGGACCCCGUGUCCAUCGCCUGCGGGCACAACUUCUGCCGGGAGUGCGUGACCCAGCUGUGGGGCAUUGACGAGGAGCCGGAGCGCGGGGUGGCCCGGGAGCACAUGGUGCGGGAGGUCUUGUACCGCUGGGCUCGGGAGGAGGGGACGCCCCCGCCCCGGGCCCACGCCCCGCCCUGGGUCCCCGGCGGCCGCGGAUCCCCUCCGAGCCCCUCGGGCCCCGUGGAGCCGGGCUGGGACGCCGUGGAGGCCUGGAACGGGACGCUGGUCCAGGACCUGAGGAUCCGGGUGUUUCCCAACGAGCGGGAGGCGCUUUUCCACAACGGCCACCACUACCACCACUUCGGCCGCUACCGCCACCGCCUCCGGCGCGGGCCCCUGCAGCCUCGGGUGCGCCGGCAGCUCUACCCGAACACCCGGCCCCGCUCCCCGCCCCGCACCCCGCCCCGCACCCCGCCGCGGCCCCACAUCCGGCAGGUCUUCAGCUGCCCGCAGUGCAGGAGGACUUUUCCCAGCCGCAGCUACCGCCCCAAUUUGCAGCUGGCCAACAUGGUCCACAUCAUCCGCCAGAUUAGCCGCACGCCGUGA